AUGAAAACCUUUGCCCUACUACACAAGUUGCAGGUGCACACAUUAGCUCUACAGGAGGAUGAACGUGAGGGCGUCUGUUUCUUUUCCCUGUGUGUUAGCAAUGGCUUUGUUUACGUCGGUUCAACCAAUGGGAGGAUUUUCCUUUUUAAGAGAAGAGGGCGCUGCUUAUUCGAACCCGUCCUUUUUCACAGCGUCAUUAGGAGCCAUACGUCUGGAAUAGUAACAAAGAUAUUUGCCUUGGAACGUCUUCACCUGUUAAUUCAUGGAACGGACAAAGGGGGCAUUUACGUCCUGGGGAGUAAGAAGCUGGUCAGGAGAAAAUGUUUAAGCAUGGCGAAGGGGAAAAAGGAUAGGGUGCGCAAGUUGGUAAGUCAUUUUCAUAAAGGGGCCAUAACGAGCAUAAAUUGUGUAGUGCAGGAAGAUGCCAGGUACAGGCGCGGAAGGAGCGGCAGGAGUUGCAAUGGGGAAACAUUGUACGUCUUUGUGGGAGACCAGCAGGGAGUGCUCUCCUGCAUCGUUUUAAAGAAAAAAGGGUCCAGGUUAAGAAGCGAGGCGAAUAUUCUCCUCAUCGAUAAGACAAACGGUCCAAUCAGUCACAUAGAAAUUGAGCGAGAUAUAAUUUUGGUCACCUGUGAAAGGGUUAAUGUUAUUAUGAAUGUACAUGAUGUGAUUGAAAAGAAGAAGGCUAACUUUAGCACCAUUGGGAAAAAAGAAAACAAGAGUUAUUAUCGGUCUGUAUUUUGCACGGCCAAGGGUGGGAAGGGGUACCCGUGUAUUUUGAGUUUGAGGAAAAAUGGUCGUGUGUGGCUAAGUCAUGGGGAGAGGGUAAUAAACACAUUAGUUUUUUACUACUCUUCUGUUUAUUUUUUUUACUUAUUGUUUUUUAAGACGGGGGUUAGCGGUGGACAUCGCCCAAGCAGUGGUGGACCCUCCUUCCCAUUCCACGUAUACCAAAAGGAGCUCAUUAAAAAUGUUCACUUCACAACCCUUUUAAGGACAAUUUUAAAAAAAUUUACAAAUUUCCUCCUGCCUCUAAGACCGAAUGCGAACGUGUGUUACAGGAUAGAUAGGGAUCACUUUGUCCUAUUUGAAUUGGACAAUCCGUUCUUGUCCUUCCCGAGUGGCUCCCCAGAUGCACGCGCCGGUAAGCUGCCAACAAAUGACGAGCAGGAAAAUCUCGCCCAGUUGAAAAAAGAUAUAAACUUGAUAAGAAAUUUCAUUGAGGAGGAGAUGGAAAAUGGAAGGGAAGUCGGAAAGGAAGACAAACUGAGCGGAGAGAAAACAAAAUUCUUAUCAUUCUUAAUGGACAAUUUGGACGAUGCAGAAAAUAUUCUGCGCAGAAUUAAAAGUAAAAAAAUAAUGGUUAUUAAUAUUAAAAGCAUCGAAAUGGAGGACAUGGUGGACCUCCAUGUGGGUUCUCUAUCCUGGGGAUGCAGCGACAUGACAGAGCAAGCGCAGUGGUGCGAAACGCAUGGCACAAGUAACAAGAUUGCUCAUAUGUUGGGUAAAGAAGAAGGGGAAGGGAAGCAAGGGAUGAUUCCCUGUGGAAAAACAAAUCUAGGGUUGUCCCCCAAGAAGGAGGACACCAAACAAUGCGUUUCCCCGAAAGAAAGCAUCCAUAAUGGGGACACCCCAUCCCCCAAUGAACCCAGCAAAGGAAACGAAACAGAAAAUAAAACACACAUAAGGAGAAAUACUUGUUCGAAAUAUUUUCCCCCCAAUCAGAUAAUCGAUUCCGUGAAGUGGAAAAAGAAAAUUUUCCUGUUAUACUUUAAUCCAAAUAUGAAAAACGAUUUUUACGUUUCGAAAAACAUAAGUGAGGUUUUUUUCUCACCAUACAAUGUCGUACCAAGGGGGGGAGUCCAGGAGGUAGAAGAAAACGAGGGUGAGGGUAAAGCACAAGAAGGGACACACUUCUAUCUGUGUGAAGUGCACACUGAGGACAACUUCAAAUUGGCAAAAUAUCUCUCAAACGAAAUAGAAAACGUGACCCACUUGGAAAGGUACUCAUUCCACAUGCUGCUUUUCUAUGUGAGUCAUUUUUUCGAUUACAUAAAUGCAAAAAGGGAGACCCUAGAUGCAAAUUUUCUUUUCCACGUGGACAAGGACCUCGUACCAGUAGAAGAAGCUAAGGGUGUUGACGAUCAAAUAAAUAACGUUCUAUUAAAAAACAUAGAAGCUGCAAAAAGGAAUAUAAAGGAUUCACUUUACAUGACCCAGAAAAUGAAAACAACUGGAUCGGAUUUGAUCACUGAUAAUAAUUAUGUACAGGGGGUAGACUUUUUGGGCAGCGUUUAUACUCCUGUUAACCCCGCCUAUUUGCAUGUCAAUGUGAGGAAGGCAAAAAAAUUGUACAGCCGUAUGAGGAGCGCAGUGGUGAAAUAUAUGCCCGUGUUUUAUGAGGUUAUUACGUGCGAAGUGUUUCCAGAAAUGGCGCAAAAUGGGCACCUCCGGUAUGUAAACGAUUUCAACCUCACAACAUGUGUAACACUCAUUCGAAAUACUCCUCACUUGCUGUUUCAAUUUUUACACUACUUCCAUAUCUUUGUCUACCUCGAAGUUGUCAUUACAAGUUUUAUACACAGAGAGAAUUACUGCUUCAGAAAAUUUCCAAUGUACGUGCCGGAGAGGAGACUGGGGGGAGCGGAAAAUACGCUUACCCCACGUGCACAUGGUCAUGAUCAUGCUUAUACAGAAGUGGGAGUAGCACAGGGCGGAACAGUCAAUCGGUUAACAAGUUACGCAGUGGUACAGGUAAGAGGCGCAGAUAGUAAUUUUAACCUUUUCCCUCACCAGUUUGCGAACAUAACGGGGGGUACAAACGUCGUUAAGCCACAUGCAGGAGGACCAAGUGGGAAAAUAGGAUACGAUGCCUUUGUUGACGUCUGUGGGGGAUGCUCGAAGAAGCGACACCAUCUGUUCACGGCAAGAGGGGAAACAUACCCAGGAGGGUUUUCAUUUGAUGGGGGAAACACCUUUGACAUUUUCGACCAUCUCCUGUUUGUGAUGGAAGGGUGGUCCAAAAAAGGGAGUGCCGUGAGGGAGAGACUUACAGGUGGAGUCUCCCUUCCAAUGCACGUAUCCCACCUCUCGAAGGAGGAACUUUUCUUCGAAUGUAAUAGGAGGAUAUCUCGUGAGGGGAGUGUUCGAAACGUGCCUCCGCUUAUGCACACCUUGUACGUAUACCGAAGGUGGAAAAGAGGCAUCUUGGCUAAAAGUGGUGAGCGGUUUGAGUGGCGAAGGAGGCCUCGCAAGAAAGUCAGAAGAAGGAUGCUCCCCCAAAUGAGUCGCGUUACACGAUUGUUCGAAGGAAUAGUUCCAACAAAUUUGUCUCCCCAUGCACACCACGAAUAUGUCGAGCAAAAGCAGCUCCUGAAAAAUGGACAGAAUUAUUGCACCCAAUUUGAAGAGCAAAAAGGAAAGUCCCCCCCAUUUCAAGGUGAUCUCCGUGAUGAGAAAAUCCAACGGCAGCAGAACAAAUUGCGUAAACUGGUUAACCUAAGGAAGCUUUUAAAAACGUACAUGGAAAAUGCCACCUACAAGAAAGGAAUCCUGAAGAACCAAAUGAAAAUACAAGACUUUUUGAAAUGCACAGCGAGGUUAUAUUUUUAUCGAAAGGUCACUGAAGGGGUGUACAUAGUAAACCUUAAUGAGUAUCGCCAGAUUUAUGAGUGUCUCGUCCUGUAUCAUUUAUUUGUGAAUCUAUUUGAAACAGAAAUUGUUUUGUUCCUCUUGCACUCUAAUUGUAAGGUCAAAAUGGGAGUGACCAAUAGCGACGAUCGUGGGAGCGGCAUCCUUUGUAGCACGUCCUGCCGUGAGGAGGGAGAUCACCAAAAUGGCGUGGUAAAGAUUGUGGGAAAUAAACAAAUGAAAUUUUUCCAAAAAUGGAAUGAACACAUUAUACGAAAUAAUAUCCUGCUGAUGGAUAUUCUCUUCGGGUUUUACUACAACUCGGAGGGAAGCACAAAUGCAAAUUUGAAGUCGUUCAUGAGGAAGUUUUGCAAUUUUAGGUACCUAGCUGAGUAUAUCAGUUAUGUGAGUGGGGGAGAAGCAAAGGGGGAGAUGAUGAAAGGAGUGGGCGACCACGUUCCAAAUGGGACGUCCCUUCUGUUCAGCUUGGAUGAAGCGGCGCGGAAGGGGAGCGACGUCGACAUGCAUGCCAGAUGUCUUUUUAGCAACUCCCAUGGGGGGGGCCUGUCCCGGGCGUGCAUUGUUGAAAAGCGAUUAGACUGGUCACGAGCACAACAAAGCGGAUCCACACAAGAGGUAGCAUCCCAGCCACAUGGCAAGCCAUCUACUGUACAUAAUUCUUACCAUUUGCCUGACAACGUUGGGGAGAAAAAAGGAGGGAGAAAACAUUUGAAGAAAGCGAAAAGGGAGACAUACCGCCUCCAUGUGGAAACCUUCCUGAGGGUUUAUAUCCAUUUAGAUAAGAAGCACCGAUGCACAAAACGUCAGCGAGGUGUUAGCGUAUUCCUUUUUUUUAAAAAUAUUGAUGUGUACAAUUUUGUGAGAAUCGUUUAUCUGUUGUGCAGGGAGAAAUGCCACCAUGAGCUCCCUUUGUGCGCAGGGAGGGCGGGACAUACAAAUGGGGAACUAUUCAGAAAGCAGCAACCCAUGUUGAACUCGCGCCAGGUGUCUGCGCAUAUUAGAGACAUUCUACACAAGUAUGAAGAAUCAAGUGGGUUAAAAAAAGUGAACAGGGCCUUUCGCGCGUUUGUGAACGAUUUGAUGGUGGGGGAAGGGACAGAUGAACCCUACCUAGAGAUACUUAACCAACGGAGCGUAGAAUUGUGUGUGCAGUAUGUACGUCAUCUUAUAAAAGGGAAAACGGCUUGCCAACAUUCACCGGGAAAGAAGAAGAAAAUGUCGCUUUUGGUGUGUAAGCUGGCGCAUCUGCUGCGCAUGCUGAAUUGGACAAAGGCGUUAUCUGCGCUUUUAGAUUUGUAUAGGAGUCUCUCUUGCGAAGUUUUUUUUUUCACUCUCCUUUUGGAAAGGCAUUCUAGUGAAUUGGGAGGAAGGGCCCUCCAUCUUCUCCACAAGAACUAUUCUACACUGCUAAAGAAGAAUCAAAGUUACGAAGACGUAGUUAUGCAUAUGCUGUUGCACGUCGGAAGAAACAGUGGGCAUUAUUUCAGCAUCAUGAUUAUGACAAUUCUUAAGUACUUUUUUGAAAAUUUUUUUUUUUUAAAAAAUGUAUGUGUAAGUUUGGAGGACGUUAUGACAAAAAGGUAUUCUUCAUUAUUUUUGUGUUUCUUCAAAAAUGGAAUGUUCAAGAGGGAAUGCAUUUUUUCUCCAAAUUUGUUCAAGUCUUUUCACACAAGUGACAGUUUUUUUUUUUCUGGCUAUUCCUUUGUUAAGUACCUUUUUAAAUGUUGCUAUAAAUAUAUGAAUUUUCAGAGCGACAAUUUUUUAAUUGUGUUAAAUAAUUUGCUAUAUGACCAUUUUGUGAAAUUAUUUCAUUUUUUUCAAGUAAGCUGUUCGUCUUUUUUGCAUGUGCACUUUUCUUUUUUUCUGUUAAUAUCUUAUUUUUAUGUUGGAUAUUAUGCGUAUGUUUACCCCCUUUUGCGUUUUUUUGGGGAUGCAUUUUGCGCCCUUUUGCCCAAGUUGAAAAUUUUAAAUUGCAAAAAAUGGGAGCCACAAAGUUGUGUGUUAACGGAGGAACAAGAUGAUGAAGAAGAAGAGGCCCAUGGGACGGGCCAUAAAAACGAUACCAAAUUUUUCAGUCAAGUGAAGUGGCAGAAGGAUGUUGUCAACCCCUCGGAGGAAAGUCUACUACAUAGCGUUGAUUACCUAGCCAAUUUCUUUUUCGCGGUAUUAAUUAAAUUUCUGUGUGAAGUAAAUCACAAGGUGUGCAGCAAGGACGUCGAUCUGGUCAUUCAUAACACCGGAAAGAACGAAGAAGUCUACUUUAAGGCAUCUGAAUUUUUGAACAAUUUUUAUGGGUCAUGUGAGCUCGUGUCCAGCAGGUGUGGUGAAAACGGGCUGGGCAAAACCUUUCACAAGCAGGACGCAGUAACAUGUAGAAGAAAAAAUAUCAGCGUACAGAUUUAUGACCGACGUGGUAAGGCUCACACCAUCGUGGAAAUGCUUAACUCCUUUUUUGGGGUGCUCUGCUGUUUGCAGUCGAUCAAACUUAGCCUUAAAAAGGGGCGCCCCGUUUUUGUGCGUACAAAUAGGCAUUACAGGAAAUACCUACUGGGCAUAAUUUGCGGGCUGUUUGGGGGCGUGUCGGAAGGGAGCGGCGAAGGAUACCGUUGCAAAGAGGCAAGCGGACGGAGCACAAUUGGCACCCCCUGCGGGAAUCGCGGUUUCCAACUGGAUCGUUUCGCACAGAAGGAACGCUCCUUAAGUGUCCUAACCUGCGUGCUCUGCAUCGCCCACUUCGUGAGUCACUUCAAACACAUCAAAGGAGAGAUAAUCAGAAAAUUCAUCUUCAUGCUUGACUACUUUUUGGCCAACCAGGACUCCCCGAACUUUCAGCAACAACACUGGGGAUACACACCCCAGAAAAAUAUACACCAAAUUUACAAAACGAUCAUAACAAACUUACCCACAAGGGUGUUACCUGUUAAGUGA